AUGGCGUCCGUCGCGCGCGCGCGCGCACCGCCUCGCGCGAUCGCGACGACGGCGCGCGUUCCGCGACGCGGCGCGCGCGCGGUGCGACGCGCGACGACGUCCAAGGGCGGGACGAAGACGUCGUCGUCGUCGUCAAAGGGAUCAAAGGGACGAGGCGGGUCGACGAAAAACUUGAUCAACUACGUCCCGAAGCCCGACGCCCCGGAGCCGUGGUGGCCGGUGGACGAGCGCACGGGCAAGCCGCCCGGGUGGUUUCAGUUCGUCGUGUUCGCGGGGAGCCAGUUGUUCAUCGGGGUGGUGAUGCAACCGGCGGCGUUGGUGUAUCAGUCGUUGUUCGAUCCCAUCGUAGGAAAGUGA